UAAUAUUUUUAUAGCAUUCAAAUAUUCUUGAUUGAAGAAGAUAGUGUCUUUGGUUUGAACGUAGCAAUGGUUAGAAAUUUAGUUUUGAUUUCUGUCAUUCUAUUUAGUGUUUACAAAUCUGAACAAGUUCAUUUCUUGUCCGACAACUAUAUCGAAAAACUUAACGAGAAAAUAUCAACAUGGAAGGCUGGUAAAAAUUUCCCUGCUGAUACAUCAAUUCUUCAUUUAAAAAAAUUGUUAGGUUCUAAAAGGAGAGAAAAAAAUUAUCUAGAUACUGCUCCUUUUAAAACAGAUGAUCCUGCCUAUGCAAAUAUUACAAAUAUUCCAGAAUCGUUUGAUGCCAGGGAACAGUGGAAACAUUGUGAAACCAUCGGUCAUAUUCCUGAUCAGGGACAGUGCGGUACUUGUUGGGCUGUGAGUACUACAAGUGCAUUUGCUGAUCGUAUGUGUAUCGCUACUGAAGGAAAAUUUAAUCAUUUGUUAUCGGCUGAAGAAUUAGGUUUCUGUUGUGCAGAAUGUGGUAACGGUUGUGACGGUGGAUAUCCUAUUAGGGCUUGGGAAUACUUUAGUACUCAUGGAGUUGUCACUGGUGGUGAUUAUGAUACUAAAGAGGGAUGCCAACCAUAUAAAGUAGAACCAUGUGAAAUAGACGAAAAAGGUUACAAUCCUUGUGAUGAAAGGCCCUUCGAACAGAAUCACAAAUGCAUCAAACAAUGUUAUGGUAACAGCACCAUUGAUUACGAAAAAGAUCACGUUUAUACUAAAGAUUUCUAUUAUCUAUAUGAUCCUGUAAUUAUUCAAAAGGACAUAAUGGUUUAUGGACCCAUUGAAGCUACAUUAGAGGUUUUUGAAGAUUUCUUUAAUUAUAAAUCAGGAGUAUAUAGUCUUUCUUCAUCUAGUCCAAUGUUAGGAUAUCAUGCUGUGAAAUUGAUUGGAUGGGGAGUUGAAGGAGGAGUUAAAUACUGGUUGUUGGUGAAUUCAUGGAACACAUCAUGGGGUGACAAAGGUUUAUUUAAAAUCAAAAGAGGUUCUAACGAAUGUGGAAUUGAACUUAGAAAUAGUGCCGGCGUUCCUCUUGUUCAAUAAAAAUGUAGAAUAAAUAGUGAUAAAUUACUGAAGCAGUAACAAAAAGUCUUUUAAGUAUGGUUUAGAAGAGUCAAUAAACAACAACUUUGAUUUAGAAGUUUAAUAUAACAUUAAUUAAAAAAAUUCACGUUCUCUAUAAUUUAUCAACUAUUGUAUAUUUAUAUUUUUUAUUUUAAUACAUGUGUAAUCUGACAAAAAUAGAUAAUGAUACAUUCUGCGUUAUCAACUUAAUCACUUAUCAUAUAGUUAUUCAACUUAAAUUCGAUUAAAAAAAAACAUUUAUUAGUUAUUUUUAUGUAUGUUUUCUAAAACAUUAAAAUAUGUAAUAUUUAAGAGACUUGUAUGUAACUUACAAAGUUUUGAUUAUUCAUAUAUGAAUGAUUGCUGUUUUGUACUUGAAUAUUUUAAAUAAUACAAAUGAAAUAUUUUAUCA